AUGACUCAGACCCAGCGCGUUUUCCAGUCCCGCUCACCCUCUACGGCGAGAAACCUCACACCUCCACACACUUUGCUACCUCCCACGCACACGGGCUACCCCGGGGCCGAGGCUGCCACGGCACCCACAUCCCUGAGUAGGGCUCCGCGACACCGCAGGGCAAGGAGGAGGCGGCAGAGCCGCUUCCUACGAGACUCGCCCCGGGCGCGGCCGCUCCGAUCUCGAAGCCCCACAGGCACCGGCCGAGCGCCGCUCGCCCUCGGCCUCCCCGACCAGGCCCGGCUGGGGGUGGCGGCCGCGCCGCCGCCACUGCGCAUGCGCGGCGGCAGCGCCGCCACAGCUGCGGGGAGGGGGAGCGCUCCCGGGCCGGGCGCGGAGCGGGGCGGCAUGGCGAGCCUGGUCCCCGCCGCCGCCUCGUCUCCCGCCGGCGCCGCGUCCCGCAGCAAGAAGCGCCCGGCGAGCCCGGGCACCGGCGGCGGCCCCACCAAGAAAAAGAAGGCGACUGCGCCUGGCGGCUCGCAGAGUGCAGGUGGAGAGGCUGUGAGUGAAAAUAAAUUUCUGAACACAGACUCCAGCACAGGAUCAGUGGAAACUUCUGCCAAGCCGUUACCAUUUAAAGACCCAAACUUCAUUCACUCCGGCAUUGGUGGAGCAGCAGCUGGCAAGAAGAACAGAACGUGGAAGAACCUAAAACAAAUUCUUGCUUCUGAAAGGGCAUUGCCAUGGCAACUAAAUGAUCCUAGCUAUUUUAAUAUUGAUGCUCCUCCUUCCUUUAAACCUGCUAAGAAAUAUUCAGACAUCUCAGGACUUCCAGCAAAUUACACAGAUCCACAGAGCAAGCUAAGAUUUAGUACCAUCGAAGAAUUUGCCUAUAUUCGGAUGCUCCCUUCAGAUGUGGUUACAGGAUACCUGGCUCUAAGGAAAGCAACAAGUAUUGUUUCCUGAACAGACUAAAUAUUCUUGUAUAUUGUUUGUGAACAGUGCUCAUUUGGAGUAUCAUGAUGGAAACUGACUGUGGGACUGAGAUUCUUUAAAACUAUCCAUGGAUUUUUACAUCUGGAAGUAAUUGAUGAUACAUGCAUUUGAAGAACAUAUGGAUUUAAUUUUCAUAAAUGCUGAUGUUUUUUAGUUUGUCAAUUUGUUAGCAAUUUAGUUUGGUGAACAGAAUAACUUAGACCUUAAGGAUAUGUAUCUGUACUAUAAUGUCUCAUUUAUAUUAAUUUCUGUAAAGACAGGAUUUCAUCUCCACCCUAUAUAUUUUAUGUACUACCCUGGCUCAGAAGAAACUGUCAUUUGAAUUAGGGAAAAGGUAACAAGAUAUCCAAAUGUCUAAACCUGCCUUACCAGAUGUGCUUGCCACUUGGCUAUGAAGUUUGUCCCAUCUGUAAAGGGAAGCUAAAAUAACCAGCAAGUGCUGCUGUUGUGAUGACUUUUCAGGGUUCUGUGGUACUGUGGAAAUGAAAGCACAAAUGUUUGUAUUGAAUUAAGUGCCAGCAUAAAUAAAGUUGGACUCAAACUUGCUUGUUAAA